UUACAGAGGAUGCAAUUCUGGUGUUCAGUUAAUAAUUUCUACAUCAUCCUCAGUGUUAUGGAGUGUACUUGCUGUUUAGAUGAGAUAAAAAGGUUCACAGCGGGAUAAACAGAUCCGUUUGUCGGCCGGAACGAGAGUAGUUGGACGAACCUUGAUGGCUGACAGCCGUGCCCCGAGGGGAGGGGGUCUGACGGGGUGGCUCCCCCUCUUAGUGGGUCUGAUGGUGACAGUGCACGUGACUACUGUCACUGCACAUGGCGGAAACCCAAAUACUGGUGAUCGGUGUGUGCCGUGGAUAUGCUCCUGCUUCUACUACGGCGUCUACUACGACAAGGGCGACGUGUGGGAGUCUCAGAGCGACCCCUGCACCAAGUUCCAGUGUAUUGACAAUGGCGUCUUCCUCCCUAUACAGGCUGGUUGUUCGUUCAAGGGCGAGUGUAAGGAAAGGAACAGCACGUGGACGGAGGGCUGUUUCCGGUACCGAUGUAGCAAUGAUGGAGAGUUCUCAACAUAUGUGCUAGAAGAAGCGGCGUGUGUGUGGAAGGACGGCAACUGUUACAGUGUCGGGCAGAAGGCAGUGGAACACUGUGACACAUUUGAGUGCCAGAUAGACGACGGCUGCUACGUCAUGAAGAAAGUCAAAACAGGCUGCUUGACCCACGACGUGGAGAAGCCGUGCAAGCCGAUGCUGAGUUUCUGGCAGGACGAGUGUGCAAUAUACCAGUGUACCGGUGAAAGACAGGACAAGCUGAGGGCCAGGAUUCUCACACACUCGCAUGAUGUGAUGAUGUGGCCUCGGGGUCACUACGCCCUGCCCGAGCCCAUAGGGGGAUGCCCCAACAACGGGGAGAACUUCUGGCGUGAGAGUUGGUUCAGACAGUGCGGGGACGGCUGCAACUACAAGUCCCAGGAGUUCUUCCUGAAGGGCAACUACACCGCCCACGAGUUCGACCACCACUACUGCGUGCACCACGACGUCGACGACCCCUCCAUCAUACCGCUGUAUCAGACCUACUGGGAGCCUGGCCGGUACUGCAUCCUCAGGUACAAUGGGACGUGCCCGCCAGGCUUCGAAGAAGGAUUCAUACAGAUGACAGGCAGUGAUUGUAACGCUACCAACGUCACCCUCGGCAUCCUUCCCGACGGCAACUACUCCUGCGCUGCCACGCGUAUGGAGUUCUGCUGCAGAUUCGACGGUGAAAUCGAACGUCCCAUCGUGCUUCCGGCCAAACACCAGUUUGUGUUGUUCAUGGCUACAAAUGAAUCGGAAUGUCAAGAGGUCAGAGGAAUGAAGCACAAGAUCCAGUUCUGGAGCUUCUGUGACUUGUAUGACGGCGUGCAACGGAUGAUGAAUGGGUCCUUACCCUUCGUCAAGACCGGGGACAACAACACCCUCAUCAACUCCUGCUUCUAUAGCCCCAUCGGCUGCGGUUGCACCGAUGUUGACGAGGAAGUUGUUGCAGUUGGGGAGAGGGUCACUAAGAAGUGUGUGACGAAGGAAUGUCGAGACAUCUUCAACCACAACAUCCUGGUGGUGGUGGAGGGAGGCUGCAUGGACGACGUGAGCCUGAAGUGCCGGCUGGAGAACGAGACGUGGACGGACAUGGUGGGAGAGACGUGCAAGAUGAAGUCGUGCGUCAGGAAAUACGACAACAAAACACAAACUGUAUUCUUCGAAAUCGCCGACGAGGGCUUGGGUUGCCGAGAUAAGGAUCAGUGUCUUCCCUUGAACUACACCAAGGUGAAGGGGUGUUACCAGACCCAGUGCCAGGAGGACAAGGUGUCAGGACUCGCCGGCUUCGUGGUGAAAGUAGCAGGGUGUUCUGACGGUCGCGGCCACUGUAUCCCGCAGGGCGAGAAUGUAACCCAAGGGUGCAUUACCCUCCACUGUGACAGAUCAAGAUCAGCCUGUGGGCUCAGUGUCAUCAAGGGAGGGUGUUCUGCAAAAGGUGGGAAGUGUUUCGAGGUGGGCGAGAACGUCACACAGAACUGCAUGCACUACUCCUGCAAGGAGUACAGGAGCAAGAAGUCGAUCAAGUGGAAACUGGAAGUCAGUCAAGCAGGGUGUAUCGACAGUAAGGGCAAGUGCUACAAUGCCGGAGACAGGCUAAACGCCAGCUGCUGUACCUAUGAGUGUAUCUUCGGUGAGCGGCCAGGCUUCUAUCCAGUAUGGGCGGGAUGCAACACCAACCUCGGCUGUGUAGCUCCGAACGACAAGCUGAAGGUUGGCUGCUCUACCUACAACUGCACACCGUAUGAAAAUGGGACUCGGAAACUGUUCCUUGAAAGCAAAGGCUGCAAAUACAAAGACAAGUGUUACGACGUCGGCGGUAACGUCACUGAUGACAAACGGUGUAUAACAUACACCUGUAAUAUGGGCGGGAAGAUGACGAGAUCUCUAGAAUGCCCGUGGAAGAACAAAUGCUAUCCUCCAGACAAUGAAAUCAAAGAUGGCUGCAACACGUACAUAUGCCGUGUGAAUAACACCCAUCGAGUGAUUCAACACGUGCAUCUAGCCUGCAAGGUGGAUGGUAAAUGUAUCGACCCGGGCGUCGUGUACAAACGCAACUGCAACACCUACAAGUGCAGCGAGGACAAGAAGUCCUGUCACUCCUACCUUGUGGAACUCGGCUGCAAGGAUCCGAAGACAGGGAAGUGUUUGGAGAAGGGGGCUAUGUUCCGACAAGGCUGUUCAGACUUCGAAUGUCAGCCCAAUGGGAAGGAAAACCCCUUCAAGUUCAAAUCCGGGGAUUGCAGUUAUAAGAACAAGUGCUACAAGCUAGGCAAGCCUGUGUCCACUGGAUCUUGUGGUACUAUGACCUGCGAACACAAAAAGAAAAAUGACCCUUCGUCUGGACUGGUCAUCAGGACAGCUAAAGGUUGUGAGAAGAACGGCGAGUGUAUUGCCCAGGGAAAGGGCAGCUGGGACAAGAACGCCAGCCCCUAUUACUGCUACAAGUCUGUGUGCCACUAUGGGAAGAUCUACAAAGUCGGCAUCCUGUGCAAGACCAAGGACAACGAAUGUUUGAAAGUCGAGGACGGGGUCAGCAAGAAGUAUGAAAUGUCGUACAAGGGCCGCAGUUGUCAAGCAUCAUGUUUGUUGAAAGGCAACCAAAUAAAGAUCCUAAACAUCAAAUGCUAAGACAGUAACAUAUACGUUACCAAACAUCAUUUAAGUUUCUUUCAGAUUAUAAAAAGUUUUAUGUUAUGAAUUGGGUUAUAUUUUGUUUUAGCGACGGUGGAAAUUUGAUGAAUUUGACAGUGAAUAAAAGCAAAAAAAAAUGACAAAAAUGUUGUGUUGAUACAUCAGCCCAUUCAAGUUGUUUCCAGCAGUUAUUGCACAGUGUCAUUGUCAUAUCUGGUGGCUAUAGAAAUGCCGAAUAUUAAGUGUUUUGUUGACGUUAACCGUACCACGAAGAUUAACUUAUCUAUUAUAUGAACUAUAUAGGUCAUAUGUUGGAUGAGAGCUUUGGAAUUUUGUAAUUCCGCUCACCACUGUUGGUAAUUAUGUAAUAUGUUUGUUUAUCCUGGUUAGAUGUAUGCAUUACACACAGGGUCGAAGGAUAUAUUAAUAUUGAAUAUUAUACCAACUGUCGAACAAACGUGAACAUCUCGUUUUGGGGCAGUUGGCGUAGCAACGGAAGAAUCUAUUUC